AUGGAGAGAAAGAAUAGGAUUAUUGUGUUUGGAGGAACUGGCUACAUAGGGAAGCAUUUGGUGAAGGCAAGUCUCUCUUUAGGUCAUCCAACUUUUGUCUACACUCGUCCUUUCACUUCACAAACUCCUCCUUCCAAGACACAACUUUGCAAGGACUUCACCUCCAUGGGAGUCACUCUUCUUCAGGGAGAAGUUGAGCAUGAGCAGAUUUUGGCUGUGAUUAAAGAAGUAGACAUUGUGAUAUGUGCACUUCCAUUCCCUCAAGCUAUGGAGCAACUCAAAAUCAUAGAAGCUAUCAAAGUUGCUGGUAAUAUAAAGAGAUUCAUUCCAACAGGGUUUGGUUCAGAAGAAGAGAGAAUAAAGGCUCUUCCUCCAUUCCAAGCUGUGCUUGAUGAGAAAAGAAAGAUAAGAGAGAAGAUUGAAGCUGCUGGAAUCCCUUAUACUUCUGUCAAUGCAAAUUGUUUUGCUGCAUACUUCAUAAACUAUUUGCUUCACCCACAUCAUAAUGUGAAAGAUAUUGUUGUUUAUGGUACUGGUGAAGCCAAAGCUGUACUAAAUUAUGAAGAAGACGUGGCUAUGUAUAUCAUUAAAGCAGCUAAUGAUCCAAGAACAUGCAAUCGUGUGGUAUCUUGUCGGCCUUUGAAGAACAUCAUAACACAGAAUCAGUUGAUAUCAUUAUGGCAGCAAAAGUCUGCUCAAACUUUUACCAACACUUUCGUUUCUGAGCAAGAAAUUAUCAAACUCUCACAGACCUUGCCCUUUCCUGAGAAUAUUCCAGUUUCCAUCAUUCAUAGUGUAUUUGUGAAAGGAGACCUUACGAGCUUCGACAUUGGAGAAGAUGACCUUGAAGCUUCGUUGCUAUAUCCUGAUUAUAAGUAUACCUCCAUUGAUGAAGUUCUUGAUGUAUUUCUUCUUCACCCUCCAACUCCUGCAUCUACUUCUUUCGGAUGA